AUGUCGGCCGCCGCUCGUCGCAUCACCAAGGAGUACGCAGAGCUCCAGCAGGACUUCCCGCCUCACGUCACGGCUGCACCCGACGAGAGCAACCUCCUCCACUGGACCGGCACCAUCACCGGCCCGCCCGACUCGUCCUACAAGGGCGGCAAGUUCAACAUCGACAUCACGUUCCCGACCGAGUACCCGUUCAAGUCCCCGACGGUCAAGUUCACGACGCGCAUCUACCAUCCGAACUCCGAGGCAUGGAAGCCGUCGACCAAGAUUGAGCAGAUCCUGCGCGCCCUCGUCCAGCUCCUGCAAGAGCCUAACCCCGACGACGCCCUCGUCGCGUCCAUCGCCGAGGUGUACAACACGGAUCGCGCCCAGUUCACCAAGAACGCCCAGGAGUGGGUCAAGAAGCACGCCACGUGA